CGAGUCAGAGCUGGAGGCAGUGUUCUGGGGUGGAGGUGGGCCACGUGUAACCUCGGCCCCUUCUCUCUUUUAUCGAUAAGGGCUGAUCGCAGCGGGGGCAGCCCGGGACCCGGUGUAUGGCCACGGAAUUCCGUUUUCUGGACCCCAUGCCUUGUCACAAUCAGCAAGCCAUUUCUGCCUCUACUGCAAGCCCCGAGUCCCUGCAACCUGGUGACCCGAUCCCGGACCAUGCCGGGGUAAACAGUGCCUCUACUGCCAAGCUGGCUCUUUUCGCAGGGCGCAGCCCUUCCAGCGUACAGGCGGGGCAGGGCGCCCAGAGCUGCAGUGGUAGUGGCAGCGGCGACGCACCAGGUGCUGAGACUCUCCUAGCGGACUGCGAACUCUCCCGGCUGAUGGGGGCGCAACUGAAGUUGCUGCCUAUGAAUGAUCAGAUACGGGAGCUGCAGACGAUCAUCCGGGACAAGACAGCCAGUAGAGGGGACUUCAUGUUUUCUGCGGAUCGUUUGAUCAGACUUGUUGUGGAAGAGGGAUUGAAUCAGCUGCCUUAUAAAGAAUGCAUGGUGACUACUCCAACAGGGUACAAGUAUGAAGGAGUGAAAUUUGAGAAGGGAAACUGUGGUGUCAGCAUAAUGAGAAGUGGUGAGGCAAUGGAACAAGGUUUACGAGAUUGUUGUAGAUCCAUAAGAAUUGGAAAGAUCCUGAUUCAGAGCGAUGAGGAGACGCAAAGAGCUAAAGUAUAUUAUGCCAAGUUUCCCCCAGAUAUUUACCGGAGAAAGGUCCUUUUGAUGUAUCCAAUUCUCAGCACUGGAAAUACUGUAAUUGAAGCCGUAAAGGUUCUUAUAGAACAUGGAGUUCAACCCAGUGUUAUCAUCCUACUCAGUCUGUUCUCUACUCCUCAUGGUGCCAAAUCAAUCAUUCAAGAGUUUCCAGAGAUCACAAUUUUAACUACUGAAGUUCAUCCUGUUGCACCAACGCAUUUCGGACAGAAAUACUUUGGAACAGACUAAAUUCUUAAAGAGAAAGAAAUCAUCUGGUAUAUUACAGUCAUAUUUUGAGAUGCCACUUAUUUUACUAAAUCACUGAGGAAUGGCAAAAAAACAAACACCUGUUUAGAGGUGCUUCUAAAUUUUGGAAAUUAGCAAAAAGGAACUAUUUGAAGUUUGAUUUCUAUAGUUGGCACCAAAUUCAAUAACAUACAACCCUUGGAAAAGAUGAACAUUGUAAUAACAGGCUUAUGCUAAUUGCUAGAUCCUCAGUGCUUUGAAAUUGUACCCUAAUCUGGGAUCCGCUCAGUUGGGAGGUUGCUUACAGCCACAAAUAAACCCAAAUGGGAAUCCGUU